AUGUAUCUGGACAGCAUAACUUUCUACUGGAAGGUAAGGCUUGUAUCGAGCGGACUCCGGCUGAAGUCCAAGACCGAGGAGUAUUUACACCCUGAAACUUUACAGGAACACGAUAAUUUAAAUAGGUUGGCUGACCAACUGCCUGGUCUUGUGUCAGCGCUUUAUCGUAAAUUUACCUUCGGUUCUAUUUCCUACUUGUCACAUGCAUGGCUUGCGCACCUGUCUUUCCGCAUUAUGUACCUCACUUGUCUUCCUCACAGUAGCAACAAGCUCCACCCCAGGUGUGAGCUCGCCUACCCAGGAAGUUGUCUCGACAACUCAAUCACCCCUUUCGCCUGUGGCGGCCAGUACGGUGCCGCUGACAGGCAGCACCCAGCAGCCAAAAAGUCCCCCGAACCUCCGAAUGCAAUGGAGUCAAGCGCCAAGCCACCCGGAGAGGUAAGUGUUUCCAAUCGCACUGCAGCGACACGGAGUGAUAUUUAG